AUGAAGGCUUCUCCACUGCUGAUCUCGUGGCACAACGACAAUGCCCCCAUCUAUUCUGUACACUUUGAUCCCAAUGGCAAGGGCCGCCUAGCAACGGCUGGAAACGACAAUCAUGUUCGACUUUGGCGACUUGAGUGUACCGGGGAAGAUCGAAAAGCGACGUAUCUGAGUACACUGGUGAAGCAUACACAAGCAGUUAAUGUGGUGCGAUUCUGCCCGAAGGGUGAGAUGCUGGCAUCUGCCGGAGAUGAUGGCAAUGUUUUGCUAUGGGUUCCCUCGGAGCUCCAAACACAGCCUGGACUUGGAGAAGACCGGUCGGACGACAAGGAGACCUGGCGAGUGAAGCACAUGUGUCGUUCCUCUGGGGCCGAGAUCUACGACCUGGCCUGGUCCCCCGAUGGAGUGUUUAUUAUUACGGGCAGCAUGGACAACAUUGCUCGAAUUUACAAUGCUCAAAAUGGACAAAUGGUACGGCAGAUUGCGGAGCACUCCCACUAUGUGCAGGGUGUCGCAUGGGAUCCGCUCAAUGAAUUCGUCGCGACCCAAUCGUCUGACCGAUCGGUUCAUAUUUAUAGCUUGAAGACCAAGGACGGCCAGUUUACUUUAACUCCUCACGGUAAAAUUCUGAAGAUGGACCUCCCAGCCAAGCGCAUUUCAUCCAGCAGCCCUGCCCCAGAGCCGACCAGCCGGCCCUCGCAAAGCACCGCCAACUCCAUUGCUAUCGCAUCCCCCGCUCCAUCUACACCCGGAACCCCAAUGAUCUCUAAUCUGCCCAUGGAUCCUCCUCCGGUUUCUCAUAGCCGCCGUUCCUCCUUUGGCUCGUCCCCCUCGAUUCGGCGGUCCGCAUCUCCUGCCCCAUCUCUACCACUACCUGCCGUGAAGCCCUUGGAGGUUUCAUCCCCAAGCCUUCUUGGCGGCCUUGGUGUGAAAAAUGCCAGCAUCUAUGCAAAUGAGACUUUUACAUCAUUCUUCCGGCGACUGACAUUCACACCUGAUGGAAGUCUUCUGUUCACACCAGCUGGCCAAUAUAAGACUUCUCAUGUCUCGACCAGCGAUCCAUCAAAAACCACCGACGAAAUAAUCAACACUGUCUACAUCUACACGCGGGCUGGUUUCAACAAGCCCCCCAUCUCUCACCUCCCUGGUCACAAGAAGCCAUCUGUAGCGGUCAAGUGCUCGCCUGUGUAUUACACCCUGAAGCAAGGUGUACAGCCGGUCAAGAAUAUGACAGUGGACACAUCAGCAGGAGGGGAGGCAAUGUUUCCUCCUCUGCCAGAUUCUGUCGUGGUCUCGAAUACAUCGUCUACCAGCAAGCCUUCGAUGGAGCCGCCAUCUUCUAAUACCACAGGUGGCGAUGCAUCAAAGUCUCAGCUCUCACCGAAGACCUCCGACAACACUGGCAAUGAUACAGGAACGGCACCAGUUUUCGCACUUCCGUAUCGCAUAGUUUAUGCUAUUGCCACGCAAGAUGCCGUUCUGGUAUAUGACACCCAGCAACAGACACCGCUGUGUGUCGUAAGCAACCUUCACUUUGCUACCUUUACAGACUUGAGCUGGUCCAAUGAUGGAUUGACAUUGAUCAUGAGCUCUUCUGAUGGGUUCUGCUCUACUCUUUCAUUUGCCCCUGGAGAACUGGGUCAGGUCUACACCGGCCCGAUCUCAGCUGGUUCGAAUCCAGUCAGUUCAACCACCCCUUCGACCAACAUCACACCUCUGCCAACCCCAACAAAUAUUCCAUCACCAAUCAAAGUGAAUCAUGCACCGGCAAACAGUGGAGGCAUUGCGACAGGCAACAAUGGCCAAAUGCCCCCGGCGAGCCCUGCACGGUCUAACUCGGCGGGCUCAGUGGGGACACAAUCGUCUACGCAGCAGUCUGCAGCAGUGAUCAAUAACCCGACGCCGACUCUUGGCUCUGUGCCUUCAGUCACAGCAACACACUCUUUGCAGCCUUCUGGCCUCCCUCUCACGACGCCACCACAGACUCCUAUGGCAAACGCCGCUACCCCGUCUAUGGGCAGUGUGCUGGGCAAGCGUGACGCACCUGCGACCAGUGAAUCUGAAAAGGAGGACGGCAAAGGUCCCGAGUCGACGACGGCGACACAGCAACCGAAGAAGCGCCGGAUUGCCCCGACCCUGAUUUCUGCUGGUACUGCCGGCACUGAUUCAACCUCAUCCAAAGACCAAUCCCAAAAUUCUAAUGCCGGGAGCUAA